GACGAACUGAUACUCGGAAUCGACAACGAAGGUCGAGUUGAGCGCGGUGAAUGUGUGUCGUUGCUGCUGCAUGGCGAUAAUAUGAAUAUGGGAAAGGAAGGAAUCAUCGCAGGUGCACUUAGUGCCUCUCAACCGAUCUACGCAUCGCGUUUCACGACCGAUCCUUUUCUCAAAAUCGAUGGCGCUGUGCAGGCUGUGAGGCACUGCUAGGGCGACUGUGUUACAGCAGAUCUCCUCAGAUUGGGCGGUCUUGGAUCAUGUGGAGUCUUCAUUCAUCGUUGAUAUCUGGUCCCGAGUUGCACAACAUUCAAUAUUCUUCAUCCAGUAAAAAAAAUCACAACUGCUGGUGGGAUACGCAGGCAGUUUCAUUCUGUGGUGGCUCGUAACCAAUAUCUGGGCGGUGAUGGUGCAUCAACCGACCUGUUUGAGCAAUCGAGGCAAACAAGGCACGCAAUCAAAGCCCACCUACUGUCACUAUUCCCAUCAGUGUGGGCGCUCCGCUCAUGGACGACAAACCCGAUUCAUGACCGAGAAACGGUCGGACCGUGUCUUGGCGCUCGCCGUCGUACUUAAACGAAGAUCGGGUGACUGAACACCAUUUUACUUCCUCUCCUGCAUCGACGCGUUCAUCCACGCAUCGCACAUCUCAUCUAUGUCCGCCAAAUACCUGUGCUGUCUUCCCUUACGACUGGGUGUCUUUUUGAUCACCUUCUUGACUUUCCUGGCUACUGCGGCGUCCGCCGGGCUGCUGACCUUCCUCCUGAUAUACGACGCUGAAGGCAAAGAUGUACACAGACUCCCACCGAAGACGAAGAUCGCCGUGAUAGCGUUGGACGUGUUUUAUGGCAUCGUUGCUCUCAUCGCACUCACAGGCUUUGUUGGUGCAAUCCGCAAGAAAGAAUCAUACAUCGCCGUGUUCUCGGGCCUCAUGAUGCUCUUCUUUGGGUUCCAGGUCGUCGCAGUCGUCGCGUUCUUCGUUCUGUAUUUCGUGAACCGAUCGGAGUUCACCAAGUUGUGCACCGCUGCGUCGACAGACCAGAGGGUCAUUGACGCAUGUAAUGUGACGUCCAGGACCUCUGUCGGCAUCCUGGUCGCCUCGACGGUCGUUUCGCUUCUAAUUCAGGCUUAUGGCGUGUACAUCAUUUCCGAGUACAAGAAGAAGUUGCAUCGUGAAGGGCUCUUGCGCGAGGAGACCUUCCGUUCGCAGGGCUUCAAUUAUGCGCCAGUGGAGACACAUGCGAUGGACAGCAGGCCAAUCUACCCGUAUGCAGAUAACAGCCAUUCGUUUGGAGUCCAGCAGCGGUCAUGAAUCCUGUCACGUUUUCUGCAUUUCUAUAUGUACAGCAACGUACAA